UCAUUAACAAUAACAUCUUCACUACAUACAGUAAAAUCAUUAACUAGAACAUCUUCACUACAUACAGUAAAAUCAUUAACAAUAACAUCUUCACUACAUACAGUAAAAUCAUUAACUAGAACAUCUUCACUACAUACAGUAAAAUCAUUAACAAUAACAUCUUCACUAAAUACAGUAAAAUCAUUAACUAGAACAUCUUCACUACAUACAGUAAAAUCAUUAACUAGAACAUCUUCACUACAUACAGUAAAAUCAUUAACAAUAACAUCUUCAUUACAUACAGUAAAAUCAUUAACUAGAACAUCUUCACUACAUACAGUAAAAUCAUUAACAAUAACAUCUUCACUACAUACAGUAAAAUCAUUAACUAGAACAUCUUCACUACAUACAGUAAAAUCAUUAACUAGAACAUCUUCACUACAUACAGUAAAAUCAUUAACAAUAACAUCUUCACUACAUACAGUAAAAUCAUUAACAAUAACAUCUUCACUACAUACAGUAAAAUCAUUAACUAGAAUAUCUUCACUACAUACA